CCAAACACCUCGACUUACAGGCUUGAGCUCUGAAUUGUUGGCGAUACAGCAACUUGACGUACUUCGUACAGAUAAUACGGCAAGCCGACCAUGGCGAACCUUCCGUCCAACAAGUCACCCGGCAAAGACCAGUCAGGACUGCGCUAUCCUACAAAUGGCAAAACCAUCUACCAUCGACCGUUAAAUCGCACAAAGACGUCAGAGCUGAGCCAGGCCAGCUUCGCAUACCUCUUCUCGGAAAUGGUCAGCUAUGCACAACGGCGAGUGACGGGAAUUCAGGAUCUAGAAAAGCGCCUCAACCUCCAGGGCCACCCGAUCGGGCUCAAGCUCCUCGACCUCCUCCUCCACCGCGAGCCGGCGCGGACGCAGGCGCGGCCGCUCAACGUGAUUGCGCUGCUGCACCUGAUCAAGAUCGGCGUGUGGACGCACCUGUUCGGGCGGCAGGCGGACCGGCUGGAGCGCAGCUCCAACCCGGAGACGCCCGACGAGUACAUGAUCAUCGACAACGAGCCGCUCGUCAACGCCUUCGUCAGCGUGCCCCGCGAGAUGAGCCAGCUCAACUGCGCCGCCUUCGUGGCGGGCGUCGUCGAGGGCGCGUGCGAUGGGGCCGGGUUCCCGGCUAGGGUUACGGCGCAUAGCGUAGGGGGAAAGGAGGAGGGGGAGAUGUGGCCGGGGAAGACGGUCUUCUUGGUCAAGUUUGCGCCUGAGGUGCUGGAGAGGGAGGCGCUGAUUGGGAAGAGUUGAAGGAGGUUGGAGGGAGAUAUGAGAUCGGAGCCGGUGAUUCGAGAGUUCCCCCGUGGAGAUAACCUUGGGAGAAUCUACUCCUUUACAAUUGGGCAGCAUUUGGCAAGGCGUUAUGUUUUAAUUCCCCGGGUGGAUCUAUUUGUCUGGGGCUGGACGAUGGGGGAUUUAUGUAUCAAGUUUGACGGCAUGGAAUGAUACUCUGAAGGGUAUUCUGAAUAUCCACUUCGGUGGAUCCGGUUAGAUAGACAAGUGCUCGCGCAGUAAAAGCGAGGACACUUCCUUCCAUACUGUUCUAAUUAUCCCGAAGUGUCAG